UUUCAGAUGAAGAUUUUGCACCCUUACCUGGAUCAGACCCCUUACCAAAUUCCGGUCAUUUUGAAGGAGAUAUCAAGGAUCCAGAAUUUAUUGAGGGCAGAAAUGCAAUCCGGGAUAACCGCAUGAAAUGGCCGGCUGGUGAAAUUCCUUACAUUAUAUCGAGGACAUUUGACAGGAGAGACCGCAGUAUCAUUGCUCGUGCCAUAGAAGAAUUUCAUAAAGCAACCUGCAUUCGAUUUGUUCCUAGAAGCUUCGAAUUUGAUUAUGUGUUCGUCACCAGGAGAGAAGGAUGUUUUUCUAUGAUCGGAAGAGAUGGUGGAGAACAGCUGCUGUCAUUAGGAAACGGCUGUUUGUUUGUUGGUAUUGUGAUACAUGAAUUUAUGCAUGCUGUUGGUUUCUGGCAUGAACAGAGCAGAGCUGAUAGAGAUGAUUUCGUGUCUAUAUUAUGGGAAAACAUUCAACCAGGUCAAACUCACAAUUUUGCUAAAUAUACCGAUGGAAGAUUGCACCAUUUAGGUGAACGAUAUGAUUAUGAUUCGAUUAUGCAUUAUGGAGCAUACGAUUUCACACGAUUCCACAAUCGUCCUACUAUACUUCCAAAGCAACGCAACGUCUUCAUUGGCCAACGCCUAGGAUUCAGCCGAACAGACGUGAGAAAGAUCAACAAGUUGUAUCAAUGCAAUACAUAUCCAGUUGAAACUUGCGUCGAUUCUAACAGCCAAUGUAGAGGUUGGGCUGAGCGUGGAGAAUGUGAGAAAAAUCCAACAUGGAUGCUAACCAACUGCAGGAAAUCGUGUAAUCAGUGCAGAAGAACGUUAACCUAAGAAACCAAACAAGUUCAUUGUGAAGAUAUUUCAAGUUUAUUUGCUGUACUGCUCAGUAAACUAUUCAUUCAGUCAUCAGUUUUUCUUUCAUAACUGUAUAUUAAAGUAUCAUCUGAAUUAAUUUUGAUAAUAUUGCUUAUGAAUAUUUUAUAUGUACUAUUUGAAUUACUUUUUAAUAAUAAA